GUAAGUUUAUAGUGACAUUACCACUUGAAUUGGCCUAAAAAUAUCUCUGUAUGAGAGGAUACUAUGUUCUAUAGGUAGUUAAAGAAGUUGGAACCAAGACCCGAGAACUCAACGUUAGUUCGAAUUAUCUUGAGGUAUGUAUUAGUCGUAUGUUAUGAAUUACUCAAUAUAGAGUCAUUCCUCGACAUAAUACUUGGUAUCUGGGGGCGCAGUUAAUAAAUAAGAGUCAUGUGGCCAAAGUUGCGCCUACACCGUCACGAAAGCGAGAUCUCUAGGCGAUGAGCUGAACAGAGCUGAACUAGCUGUGCCGCACUGGGUAAUUUCCGCAUCGCUUACGGGUGGGCCGGCAUAGUUUCUAUGACCAGUGGACAAUGCACAUGUGCUCGUGUCGAUGCUUGGCAUGGGAAUCAACGUUACAGGGACAAUCUGAAAUGGAGUUCUAGGCUUCACUCGGUAUGGCACCUCCUUGAAGUUUAGUCGGUGACCAGGCCUAGUAUCUCACGAUGUGCCUUAGGCCCGAAAGCGACGUGCAAGAUCCUACUAGGACUUGGAAAUUCGCGUAUAAAGACACCGGGAGGUCCAGCUCGUUCACGAUGGCAUCUCUUGUGAAUCACGACGACAUUCCUCUUGCCAAAUUCAUCGAUCAGGAUUAAACUCGUUAGCGUACACAAUGAGGUCUCUACUACCAACGCUUUCCCUGGCUAUCGCCGUUAGCGCUAUCCCCGACAUCACCGUUGUUCCCAAGGAGCUUUCUUGUAGCAACUGGCCCUUCUUUCGGCAGACGUCUAGCGUUGCGGGUCCAUUCAACAUCUUCGCCGACUCAACCGACAAAGACAUCGACGGCAACAAAGCCAGCUAUACCAACAUAUCCGAUGUUACGAUUGCCUCUGCUUGGUUGGGUAUAAGCAACAUCAAAGAUGUAGCAGUUCCUCAAAUCCAAUGCCAGGCGUUCGGCAGCGCAGAGAUGUUAGCCGUGAGCUUGAACGGCCAAUUCCAGCCCCUCAGCAUAUCAGAGUACAUUUAUCACGAGUACGACGGUUUAAUCUUCGCGAAGACCGUGGCUCGGGGCGCUCCCAUCGAACCUCACUGGCAUUACUACCCCAACGGCACCCGGCAGGAUGGCACGUUUUUGGGGUGGAACAACUUCACGACGUGGGCGUACUUACUCGAUGAGGCGUCUCAGAAGUACCGAAUCCGUCUCUUAACAGACACGUCGCAGAAGCUCUUAGACGGAGAGUUCACCGGCUUCGUGCGAGCUGGCUUUCCAGGUCUGUCCGACUAAAUGGUUGCAGCUGUUGAGGUUUCUAGCAAGCAAAGGCUUGGGCAGUGUAAAGUUGCCUACUAAUGUCUAAUGUGUUCUUGCUUUUUCAAGCUAGCUUAGAUAUUUAAUGCCACUUGAACGCCAACUAAGCGUUGGAUCUGUUUACCCGUA